AUGAGCACAGCGUCGGACCAGGACGAGACUGAAGCACAAUUGGCUUGGGAGCGUGAUAUGGAGCGCGCUGUACAUGGUCGUGGUCGUACACGAAGUCGUUCGAUAUUAGCUGAUGACGAUGACGAAACAUCAACUCAUAAUGACUUAAAUGUUGGAAUCGACAUGAAACAACAUGGUCGAAGUCGAUGUUUAAGUUCACGUGAACUUAGUGGUACAAAAGACGAUGGUGUUCGAUCAAGACGACGUAGUUGUUCAUUUUCAGCACCAAAAUGUCAAGAUUCGGAUCCAGAAGAUGCAGCAACUUUAGCUAAACGUGCAGCAUCCUUAUCGAAGAUUUAUUUGGCUGGUUCUGCACCUGUUGAUGUAUCGAAAUUACAAAAUGAUAGUAAAAUUGUGGGAGUCAAAAAGGUUGAGGUCGUCCAACCUACAGGUGCAUUAUCAGCAUCUGCACUUGAUGCUUUGUCGGCAGGAUUACAACUUUCGGUUGAGAAUACACGAAGAUCAUUAAGUGUUCGAGCAUCUUUAUUUCGAAGUAAAAUGUUUAAAAGUACGUCACGAUUACUUGGAAAUUCCGAAGAAGGUUUGAAGCUCGAAGCUGCAAAAGAUGUAGCACAAAUUCUUGGAUCCGACAAGUUGGGACACGAAACGAUACCGGAUGCAGGACCAAUUGUCCCUAAAAAACGACAUAAACUAAAAUUGUUGUUAUUAGGAGAUAGCGGUGUGGGAAAAACUAGUUUAAUGCGCGUAUUUUCAGGUGAUGAAUUUUCAGAGUCGAUGUUAGCAACUGCUGGUGUGGAUUUUAAAUUACGACAUAUUACGGUUGGAGAUGAUGCGAUUACACUUCAAAUUUGGGAUACAGCAGGUCAAGAACGUUUUCAUCGUAUUACUGCAACGUAUUAUAAAGGUGCAAAUGGCAUUGUACUUGUCUAUGAUGUUAGUGAUCGACGUAGCUUUGAAAAUGUUGGCUAUUGGAUGAAUAAUAUUCGACAGUACUCGACACCAACACAAAUGCCUGCUAUGCUGCUUGUGGGAAAUAAAAUUGAUUUACCUAAUCGUGUUCUUACAAUGGAAGAAGGACAAGGAGCUGCAAGUCAGUAUGGCUGUCGAUUUAUUGAAACAAGUGCGAAAACAUCAGAGAAUACAAAUGGUGCACUUGAAACGAUUGCAAGAGAUGCGUUUAUGAUUAGUGUCAAUCCUACACUUACACAAAAGAUGGUAAUGGAUCGAGAAAAGGCAUUGGCUGGUCGACGCACAAAAGAUAAUUGUGUUGUUCAAUAG